CUACAAGUCAGGCAUGUUCUGCUGAGGGCCAGGGACCAAACAAGGUGUCUCAGGGGUCAUCGUGGAUUGAAGCAAAACAGCUCUAAACCAACAAGAACUUCCGUUUGACACUGCAGCUAUUUUUGCCGAGAGGCAAGUGAGUUUAAGGGCUCCAGAAGAGCGCAAAACCAUUUCAGGGAAGGACACAGACAAGGUGGAGCAGUUGCAUCAGGAGAGGAAACUGAUCUCCACUGGCAGCCACUUUGGGAUAACAGAUAAGUUUCGAGGACGCAUCUGAGGAUGACUGGAGACACAGUCGAAACUGUCAAGCAGCCUUGCGUGCAGUUGAGGAUGGGGAGUUCAGGUUAUGAUGACAUCAUGAGCUCCAGAGGACAUUCAUCUCUCGGCCUAAGUCCUCCAUUUGACGACGAUGGAAUUCACUGGGCGGAGGAGCUCGAGGAUAUCAAACCUUCCCACAGUUUGUUGAGCCUCCCAUCUCUUAACUGCCCAACUGAUUAUGAAGAGUUAGCGAGUGAAGAACUGUGGAUGGCAGAGGCUGCCGCAAUUCCUGCUCAAGGUCUUGGACGUCCAGAGCCAAACCCGCCCAUACUCAGCCCGGCUCAGAACCCUCCCAUUGAUGUGCAGGGUAAAGCAGAGGACUACUGUCUGGAGCAGGUCCAAUCGAUGGUGGUGGCAGAAGUGCUAAGUGACGUCACGAAAGCCUGCAAGCUGCUCAACAUUGCACCAGACCCGCAAGAAUGGAGCUGCAUGCACGUUUACAAGUGGCUGCUGUGGACAGAGCACUUGUACGGACUGCCACAGAUGAGCCUGCUCUUCAAGGAGCUGAGUGGAAGGGACUUGUGCUCCAUGUCAGAGGCUAACUUCAGAGAACGUUCCUUGCAGUUUGGAGAUAUACUAUAUGCUCAUCUCGACAUCUGGAGAUCUGCUGCAGCAAUGAAGGACCUGUGGCCACCAGAAGACUUUAAGUCAGGUAAAUCUUGGACAGCAAAUGACAGUUCUUGGUGCAACUGCCCUAGUCAGCCAAUCCAUUUGUGGCAGUUCCUCCGGGAGCUGCUCCUCAAGCCGCACAACUACAGCCGCUGUAUUCGCUGGAUCAACAAAGAAAAGGGGAUUUUCAAAAUAGAAGACUCGGCUCAUGUGGCCAGGCUUUGGGGCAUCCGAAAGAACCGCCCAGCAAUGAACUAUGACAAACUGAGUCGAUCUAUACGUCAGUACUACAAGAAGGGCAUCAUUCGAAAGCCGGAUGUGUCACGCAGAUUGGUCUACCAAUUUGUAAAUCCUAUAUGACCGAGCUGUUUGUUGCAUC